UUUUGGGGAUGGGGAGGGCGAAGUCUGCGGAGCGUGUGGUAGUUUUCAAACUCGCCGUUCCCCGGAGCCGAGGACCCGGGCGCCCCACGCAGCGCUACGUGCGCUCGGGGCGGCGGGGCCGGACCGGGAUGAGCCGGGCAGCCCUCUCCCCUCGGGCUGCGCGCCGGGCCGCUCCUCCUCCUCCUCCCCCUCCUCCUCCCCUUCCUCCGCUCCUUUCCCCUUCCCGAGCCGCCGGCUCUGCCAACCAGCUCCCAGCGCGAGCCGCCGCGGCCGCCGCCAGGACCUGAUGCGCAUCCAUAUUAGCCGUCCGAGCGCUGGAAUUCGCCUCGACCCGCGCCGCACCCACCACCCACUUUAUUUUUAACCAGCACCGCGGGGCCUCGGAUGGUGCACGCACCGCCGGCCAGAAACAUCUUCCCAGCGCUGCUCUCCAUCUUCCGCCCUCGCUCCCCCGACAUCCUCCCCCCCAUGUGGGAGGGGAAACUUUUCUCCUACAUACUUUCGAGUCCCUCCCGGGCCGAGCUGCGCGGAGAUGACGGCGCCCGCCCGCUGCCGCAAGUUCUAUGCUUCCUUCAAGAGUCACAAAGAACUUUUGAAGGAAUGGGUUCAAAGUUAUUCUUCAAAUUUAUGCAAAGGUUGCUCCCACUCUGCUCCAGAGGUGGUGGCUUUGAGGUGUGACCCUGCCCACAUUUGGGCCCAGCUAGCACCAGCUCCUCAGUAAGGAGGGCCAGCUUGAUAAGACAAAGAAAACAGUGUCAACGAGUGAUACCGGGAGAAGAAAAAAAACGUGAAACACAGACUCAUUUCCUACUCCACGUGGAUGAUAGCUAUAGCAAGGGAAAAUCUCAUAGUUUAUCAGUUGGGGCAGAAAUGGAGUUUUAUGGCAGAGGCUUCUUAGAAGCUUAAACCCUUGUCCCAAUGACGUCAAGUUCGCCCAUUGGCUUGGAAGGUUCAGAUUUGUCUUCCAUCAACACCAUGAUGUCAGCGGUAAUGAGUGUAGGGAAGGUUGCCGAGAAUGGCGGGAGCCCCCAGAGCAUCAAGUCCCCCACGAAGCCUCCAGGACCAAACCGGAUUGGCCGAAGGAACCAGGAAAUGAAAGAAGAGAAGUCUUCCUACAACUGCCCCCUGUGUGAAAAGAUUUGCACUACACAGCACCAGUUAACUAUGCACAUUCGUCAGCACAACACGGACACCGGAGGGGCAGACCAUUCAUGCAGCAUCUGUGGGAAGUCUCUGAGCUCGGCCAGCUCCCUGGACCGCCACAUGCUGGUGCACUCUGGCGAGAGGCCUUACAAGUGCACUGUUUGUGGCCAGUCUUUUACCACCAAUGGGAACAUGCACAGACAUAUGAAGAUCCACGAGAAGGACCCGAACAGCACUGCUGCUGCCGCCCCACCGUCCCCACUGAAGCGUCGGCGGCUGUCCUCCAAAAGGAAACUGAGUCAUGACGCCGAGUCGGAGAAAGAAGACCCAGCACCUGCUAAAAAGAUGGUGGAAGACGGGCAGUCAGGUGACUUGGAGAAGAAGGCAGAUGAAGUGUUCCACUGCCCAGUGUGUUUCAAGGAGUUCGUUUGCAAGUAUGGACUGGAGAGCCACAUGGAGACCCACUCAGAUAACCCACUGAGAUGUGACAUUUGCUGUGUCACCUUUCGGACACAUCGAGGAUUGCUACGCCACAAUGCGCUUGUCCACAAACAGCUUCCCAGAGAUGCAACGGGAAGGCCUUUCAUCCAGAACAACCCUUCCAUUCCUGCUGGCUUCCAUGACUUGGGAUUCACCGACUUCUCCUGUAGGAAGUUUCCUCGGAUUUCUCAGGGCUGGUGUGAAACAAACCUGCGAAGGUGCAUCAGCGAGCAACACCGUUUUGUCUGUGACAUCUGCGACAAGGCAUUCCCCAUGCUCUCCUCGCUCGCCCUGCACAAGCAGACCCAUGUCGCUGUGGACCAGGGACGGGAAAGGUUGCAAGCCAAGACCCUACCUGGUGACGCCAUGGAACAGAAGGUCUUCCUGGCCUUGCUGGGCCUGCAGCACACCAAAGACGUCAGGCCUGUCCCAGCCGAGGAGCCCCCGCCGGAUGACAACCAAGCAAUACAGUUCCAGGCACUCAAGUGUCAGCUACCUCAGGAACCCGGCUGCACCAACAUGCUGAGGCUAUCUCCUUUCGAAGCUUCUUCCCUGGGCGGUUCUCUCACAGUCCUCCCGGCCACCAAGGAGAGCAUGAAGCACCUGUCCCUGCAGCCUUUCCAAAAGGGCUUCAUCAUCCAGCCUGAUAGUAGUAUUGUGGUCAAGCCCAUCUCCGGGGAGUCCGCCAUUGAGCUGGCUGACAUCCAGCAGAUCCUCAAGAUGGCAGCCUCAGCACCCCCUCAGAUCAGUCUUCCGCCUCUCUCCAAGGCCCCUGUCACCCCUCUGCAGGCGAUUUUCAAACACAUGCCCCCUCUGAAGCCAAAGCCUCUGGUCACACCACGGACAGUGGUGGCCACCUCAACACCCCCUCCUCUCCUCAAUGCCCAGCAGGCCUCCCCUGGCUGCAUCAGUCCCAGCCUGCCCCCGCCGGCCCUGAAGCUCCUCAAAGGCUCUGUGGAGGUGGCCUCCAACACAAACCUGCUGCAGUCCAAGUCCGGGGCCCAGCCACACGCGGCCAUGCAGCUCUUCCUGCAGCAGCCACGGGUAGAGCUGCCAGGUCAGGCCGAGAUGAAGACGCAAUUGGAGCAGGACAGCAUCAUCGAAGCCCUGCUGCCCCUGAGUAUGGAAGCCAAGAUCAAGCAGGAGAUAACAGAGGGAGACCUCAAGGCCAUCAUGACGGGCCCCAGCAGCAAGAAAUCUCCAGCCAUGCGUAAGGUGCUCUAUCCCUGUCGCUUCUGCAACCAGGUGUUCGCCUUCUCCGGGGUGUUGCGUGCUCAUGUGCGCUCCCACCUGGGUAUCUCUCCAUACCAGUGCAACAUCUGCGACUACAUCGCGGCCGACAAGGCCGCACUCAUCCGCCACCUGCGCACGCACAGUGGCGAGCGGCCCUAUAUCUGCAAGAUCUGCCACUACCCCUUCACCGUCAAGGCCAACUGCGAGCGGCACCUGCGCAAGAAGCAUCUCAAGGCCACCCGCAAGGACAUCGAGAAGAACAUCGAGUAUGUGACCAGCAGCGCGGCAGAGAUGGUGGACGCCUUCUGCUCCCCAGACACAGUGUGCCGGCUGUGCGGUGAAGACCUGAAGCACUACCGCGCUCUGCGCAUCCACAUGCGCACGCACUGUGGCCGCGGCUUGGGCGGCUGCCCUAAGAGCCACAAGCCCUUUGAGUGCAAGGAGUGCAGUGCCACCUUCUCAGCCAAGCGCAACUGCGUCCACCACAUCCUUAAGCAGCACCUACAUGUGCCAGAGCACGAUAUCGAGAGCUACAUCCUGGCGGCAGAUGGCCUGGGCCCCAAGGAGGCCCCUGCAGCUGAGGCCUCAGGGAGGGUGGAGGAGAGCAGCGGAACCUUUGGUGAGCACAAACCCCUUGCUACCUUUCUGGAGGCCCAGAAUGGCUAUCUUCAUGCCGGCCCCACCCAGCCUCCGCCUCCCAUCUCUGUCAAGUUGGAGCCGGCCAGCAACUUCUCAGUGGACUUCAACGAGCCUCUGGACUUCUCCCAGAAGGGCCUGGCUCUAGUCCACGUGAAGCAGGAAAACGCAGCCGUGUUCCUGAGCCCCUCUUCCUCGGCCCCCUAUGACUGCUCCAUGGAGCCCAUUGACCUGUCCAUCCCCAAGAACUUUAGGAGAGGAGAAAAGGACCCAGCUGCUCCCAGUGAAGCCAAGAUGCCUGAGCAGGAACCAGGGAGCAGGGAGCAACUCUCUCCCUGUCCACCACCGUGCCCUACUCUGCCAGUGCCCUUGGGAUCCAGUGGGAUCUUAGAGAAACCCUUGGCCCUUUCGGCAGCAGCCUCCACAGCCACUACUCUGGAAGCCCAUGCUCAGCCCUUGCAGGGCUCCGUUCAGGUCGCUGUCCCCAUUUACUCUUCAGCCCUCAUCAAUAGCUCCCCUCUCUUGGGCAGCUCCACCCUGAUAAGCAGCCCAGCCUUGUUGAGGCCUCUACGCCCCAAGCCCCCCCUGCUCUUGCCAAAGCCCCCUAUGACAGAAGAGCUGCCCCCACUGGCCUCCAUUGCCCAGAUCAUCUCAUCCGUGUCCUCAGCCCCCACCUUGCUCAAAGGCAAGGUGGCUGACCCAGGGCCCACAGGCACCAGCAGUAACACCACAGCUUCAGACAGCUUAGGAGGCACCACUGCCCCCACUGAGACCACCAGCCCCAAAGAAUCCAGCGACCCACCCCCUGCUGCCAACAGUCCAGAGGCGGCUUCACCCACUGGGCAGGGGCCAGCUGGCUUGUCAAAGAAGAGGGGCCGAAAAAAGGGGUUGAGGAGCCGGCCCCGGGCCAGCAGUGGUGGGGUAGACCUGGACUCUAGUGGGGAAUUUGCCAGCAUUGAGAAGAUGCUGGCUACCACAGACACCAACAAGUUCAGUCCAUUUCUGCAGACUGCAGAGGACGAUGCUCAGGACGAGUUGGCCGGUGCCCCCGCUGACCACAAUGGGCCCAGUGAUGAAGAGCAGGGCAGCCCCCCAGAAGACAAGCUGCUGAGGACAAAGCGGAACUCUUAUGCCAACUGCCUGCAGAAGAUCAACUGUCCCCACUGCCCUCGCGUCUUCCCUUGGGCCAGCUCCCUCCAGAGGCACAUGCUCACACACACUGGUCAGAAACCCUUCCCUUGUCAAAAAUGCGAUGCCUUCUUUUCUACCAAAUCUAACUGUGAACGCCACCAGUUGCGCAAACAUGGAGUUACCAACUGUUCCCUGAGAAGAAACGGGCUUAUUCCCCAGGCAAAAGAGAGUGAUGUUGGACCCCAUGAUAGCACAGACAGCCAAUCAGACGUGGAGACAUCAGCUGCAGGAGGCGAAGUGCUGGACCUCACCUCUCGGGAGAAAGAGCGGCCGCGGUCAGAGGGGGGCCCUGAGCCCAGUCAGGUCAGAGGAGAGGUCCCCGGAGAGGAGCUGACUCGGGGAGCCGCUGAGCCCAUGGAGGGGGAGGAGCAGGCCGCCGAGGAGAGCCCAGAGCCUGAGAAGCGUGGUGUGGAGGAGCGGGAGGAGGAUGAAGAAGAUGGCCCCGAGGAAGAUACGGUCAGCAACAAGAGCCUGGACCUCAACCUGGCCAGCAAGCUGAUGGGCUUCAAGCUGGCCGAGGGCGACGCCGGGGCCGUGCGCGGUGAGGGCUCCCCGCAGGACCAGAAGCACACCUGUGGCAUCUGUGGCAAGAGCUUCAAGUUCCUGGGAACCCUGAGCCGCCACAGGAAGGCCCAUGGCCGUGAGGUGCCCCAGGAGGAAAGCCCGCUCCCUCCGGAGGGCCAGGGCGAGAGCGGGGCUGCCGGGCCGGUGCCUCUGCCCACGGCCCCCGCGCUGGAGCCGGAGAAGCCCGAGCCCCCAGCCGAGGGGGAGGCCGUGUCAGAGGGCCCAGCAGAGAAGCCGGGCGAGGAGGCCGAGGGCACCUCCGACGGGGAGGGUGCGGCCGAGAAGAAGUCCUCAGAGAGGAGCGACGAUGACAAGAAGCCGAAGACAGACGCCUCCAGAAGUGUGACCAGCAAGGCGGACAAGAGGAAGAAGGUCUGCACUGUGUGCAACAAGAGGUUCUGGUCUCUGCAGGACCUGACCCGGCACAUGAGGUCCCACACGGGAGAAAGGCCGUACAAAUGUCAGACCUGUGAGCGAACCUUCACCUUGAAACACAGCCUGGUUCGCCACCAGCGUGUCCACCAGAAGGCCAGGCACGCCAAACACCAGGGGAAGGACAGUGACAAGGACGAGCGGGGUGAGGAGGACAGCGAGAGCGAGUCCACCCACAGCGGCAACAACCCCGUCUCGGAGAACGAGGCGGACGCGGCUGUGCUAGCCAGCAACCACAUGGCCGUCACCCGGAGCCGGAAGGAGAGCCAGGCCAAGGAUGCCGGCCGCAGGGAGGACAGGGCCCCGGGCCGGACAGCUGGUGCCGGGCAGGCUGAGGCCGGCAGGAGUGCUCCCAAGGCCGCUCGCCCGGGCAGCCCCACGGAGCAGGCGCCUCAGGGUGACGCUGACCCAGAGAGCCCGGUAGCCCUUAUGCAAGACCUGCUGGAGCUGAACGGCAAGAGGCCCGCCCACCCCAUCCUGGCCGCCGAGGCUGCCUCGCCGCUGCUGGGAGUGGAAUGACGGCUCCUCCUGCCCCCAGCACACCGACAAGGCCCGCAGAACCGUGUCCUGAGUCUGUUUCAUGAGAUUUCCUCAGUGCCUGUCAGCUGUUGGAGAGGGAGACGAGCAGGAAGGGCCGUCUCUCGGUGCCAUAGCCUUAACCACGCGCCCGUGCGGGAGAGCAGCACGGACGAUUCGAGUGCCUUAACUACUUACCAGUCCUUCAGUGUCGUCCUGGGUGUUGUGUUGUCCCAAAAUGACUUUAAAAACAAAGCAAAUAUUUUAAUGAAUUAUUGGAAAGGACCUUUUCAUUUAAGCAUUAACAUUACUUCUGUGUUGGUGUGUGUGAGCUUGUUCUUGUUAAUCUGAUGGUAGCAUUUGUUCUGUGAGCUGGAAACAGAAGAAAAACAUGCCCUUGGAUACUCAUAGCCAAUAACUGGAAGAAAAUGAUGUGAAUUUUCAUGUAAAUUACCAGAGGAAAUAUGGAUGAGAUGCUCAUUUCUCAUAUAGACCUUUUUCUUUUUCUUUUCUUUUUUUUUUUUUUUUUUGUCUGCUAUGUGGUGGAGCUGUAAUUUGGUCCUCGAUAUUGAGGAUGUGGUGGAUGGAGGUUUCCAAUUUGGUUCAAGCCAAAACCAGGACAGAUUCUAGCUUCGACCUCAUACAUGUUUUGCUCUUUCAGCAUUAGACAUGCUAGUUCCUGUUCAAGUUCCAAGACAUUUGUUCUUAACUUAGAGAGAAGAGUUACCAUGGCAACUUAAUCUAUGGAGAACAUACACAGGUGUCAUGUAUCUGAUUUCCCCCUUUCGGUAUAUAUAUUAUUAAUAUUAUUAUUAUUAUUAUUUUUAGUUCAUCAGUUUGCUGGUCUCUGCAAUAAGCAGAAACAAAUGGGCAAUAUUUGUCCUGGAGACCUGGGUGCCCCAGGUCCUUGUGUAAGCGUCUGCCUGCAGCUUUCCUUGCCACCCUCGGGUGGGAGCUGUUCUACUGUACUCAGACAAGCCUUUCUUCCGGACUGCAGCGCCCGCAGGUGCAGGUCCUCCCGCGCGUGGCCGAGGAGCAGCUCAGGGGAGAGGGUGCAUGCCCCCGGCUCCUGAGAAAGCAGGUGGUGAGGACCCACUCACCGGUCUUCUGCCACACCCAGCCAGGCCUCCCCUCGUGUGCUACUGUCAUUUGCAAGGCGAGGAAAUACUACUGGUAAUGAAACUGCACGUGCAAGAUUGAAGAUGAGAAAUUGAUUUAUAUUGACCUUCCUGCGAUUUGGGAUUGGUGCUUGAAGAUAGACUUGUUUCCAGUUUCUGAAAUAAACUGAACCCCUGAGUGCAAAAAGGCAGGAUUUUUUUUUUUUUUUUUUUUUUUUUUUUUGUGAGCAUCCUAAGCAGGCAAUACACUUCCUACUGUAGCUGAGCCCGUGCUCCGUGCUCAGCAUCCUGACCUCCACUGGGACCCCGAGGACACCCGAGGCCUAGCGCUGGGCCUCCUGCGCUGCUCCACCCCUCACAUCCUCCGCCUUAGCCCAGGGAGCCCCUGCCCUGCCGCCUCCCAGGACCCUCCUCCACACUCAGUGUAAGUGUGCAGACAGGCACACAGACCCUUCCUCACCAGUUUCUGGCGGCCAAAAUCCAACCAUCCAGACUUCAAAGGAAGCUAUGUGUUCUUGAAAUAAUGAAAGUGGUAUCUUUGCAUGUGAAAGGAAAAAAGUUGAGGUAUAUAUAAUUCUUAACUGUAUUAGGGAUGUAUGAACCAGUUUCAGAACAAGGUUUCAUUUGCUCUAGGUGAAGACACGUCAGAGCCGAUGGUCCCAUUUCCCUGCGCACUUGGUGGGGCCUGCUUAGUUAAACCAGUUCAUGCAUCCCUUCAUUCUUUAUGACGAUAGUUGUUAUUUUCAUUGUUGUUAUUAUUUGGGGUUUCUAGUGUUUUCUUUUCCUUUGCAACUCUCCACACUAAAACUCCCAGUAUGUGGAGAGGCCGUGACACAAGUACGCUGCAGCGAGAGGCCGCAGAGCGAGGCGCCACGCUGUGCAGCUCGCAGGAAUCACGAUCGAUUUAAAGCUUUAUUUAGCCGCCUCUGCGCCCUGUAGUCAGUAUGGUCUUGCCACGUUUUAUUAGUGAGGUUGAGAAAUGGAUUGUUUGUUGUUCUGCCCCUCCCCCAAUAUUAAACUGUGAAAUUUGUGAUUUGUUUAAACUCUGGGUGAAUCAUAGCUUAGUUUGCAUGUCCAGCUAAUUUGUUUCUAUUCAUUUUGUUUGAUUCUCUUUCUCCUCUCAGGGCUUUUACAAAAAAAUAUAUAUAUAUAUGGAUCUUCUGAAAAGUUUUUUGAGGUGCAAGUUUUUCUCUUUUUUUUCUCUUUGAUUUGUGGACGCAAUGCUGAGAUUCAGUCACUACAUGAAACUCUGGCUGUGAAAAACAGCAAAACCCCGGAGGGCUGCUUUCCCAGCGGCCGGGGGAGCUCUGUGGCAGUCGGAUGAUUCGUCGUACCUUCAACUCUCUGUUCGCCCCUUUUCUCCUCUCUUUUCUUCAAGAAGGAAGUGAUCCUAGUGAUUUCAGCCCAUGCAUUACACAGGAAACAAUAAUAAAUGUAGAGUUCAUAUUUUUCUAAAGGGAACUUAAAAACUGCUGCUACAUGUUAUGUGCAAAACUGGUUUAUGCCACAUGAACAGAAUCACAAGAUUAGUUUUGGUACUUUUGUUCCUCUUUGUAUUCAGUUGUAUAAUACUUCCAAAUUCAAAAUGAGAAGAAACGCUGUUCUGUAUCAAACCAUCUAAGCAAUAAAUGUCAUAUUUUAAAAACGACAGAUUGCUUGCCA